AUGCAUGAGACCAUACCAGCUGGUGGUUUUGAGCCUGGAUCGUCAUUAUUCCAGGUGAUGCUUGACAAUACGGCAGCAGUGCAGUAUUUCCUGGCUAAUUUUGCUAGUAUUGCUUAUAAUCUUAAAGCUCCGCGAUUAUUGGAGAUGCAUGCCUUCGUCUUGGAUGAAGUCUCUGGCGCAAUUACUCAGUAUCUAAGCUACUUCGACAAGAGUCUUGCCAAACCGGCGGCGCUACAGGCAAAGGUGAAGGCUUGGCUUACAGCAGGUAUCAUUGAGCCAGUUAUGGAAACAGAAUGGCGCUCUACUCCACACUUGGUAUACAAGAAACCAGGAGUGAUGCCGAUUUCGGUGGAUGAUGGGCGGUGCUGUAAUGAUCUCAAGCGAGUCAUCACGCAGCUUCGGGUAGUUCAAUUUUACAUUCAUAUGGAAAAAAAAGUAUCUAUUGACACUUAA